GGGCGGGAAGGGCGUGGUGCUCCGGAACGCGUCAGGCAUUCCGUGACUACAUGGCAGAUUUCUAAAGCAGCCUCCACAUUCACUGGCUCAUUCUCUCAGAGCGCGCACAGACGACAGUCAUGGAUAUCUGCUUUCUGCUUCUUGUGUCCUUUCUCUCCGUGUUUCACUUCAGCAGCGCUGACCAGCCUUUGGAAGAAGCAAUAAUUGUACCAAGAAAUGUUGAGCUGCUCGGCGGCUGGAGUCUCGCCAAUCCCGAGAGAGAAGAUGUUCAAGAGGCUGCUAAAGAAGCUGUAGAGGCAUUCAACUUGAAGUCCAAAGCAAAGAAAUAUUUCAAGCUCAUCAAUGUCACAUCGGCCAGCACUCAGGUGACAAAUAAGAUAAACUACAAAAUAGAGGCCACUAUUGGAAAGACAAAAUGCCGCAAAUCAGAAGACACAGUCAUUGAGGCUUGUGGCAUGGCAAAAAAGCAACUGGCAUGUAAGUUUGAGGUGGCCCUCGACCCAGUGACUGAUGACCAUGAGGUGCACAAGAUGGUGUGCAGAAGAUCCGCUUGAAUUUGACGUGGACUCCAAGUUGAUGCAGUUUUCUACUUUUGGAUAGCGAACCACACGUUCUUUAUCUUAACAUUUUCUUUUUCCUGAUAUAUAGCUAAUCUGAAAUAAAACAACUUUGGUCAUAAAGUUAAAUAUUGAUAGAAAAAAAAUCUCCCUUUAAAAGGAAUUUUAUAUAUUGUUAAAUACCCGAAUACUUUUCUUUCUUUCUUUUUUUUAUUUAUAAAAGAUUAUAAUUUAUAGUUUCAAAUUGUAAAGUGAGUAUUUAUUCAAAAGCGAAAUGAAAAAGAAAUGUGUUCCGAGUGUAGAAUGUCCCGUUGACAGACGUUUUCCAGAACACUAAGUGUAAGCCAGCUGGAACUUAUGAAGUCAUAUUUUUGAGUUUUUUUAAUAACAUUUCUAAAAAUAAAAUCUUGAGAGCAAA